AUGAGGGACCCUCAGUUACUGAAAGGAAAGGUUCUAGAGCCAGCAGUAGCAAAUUGUACUAGUACUGAUGUAAAUAAGAUUGAAGAAGUAUCUUUGAUCUUAUCUUCGUUGCAAGAAGUCGCUUCGCCGGUAUUGCUGGAUGUCCAUGAAGCCAGCAUGGUUUCCAAUCCAUUGCAAAUCUCGGAUAUUAUCGCCGAUGAUAUAAUGAGUCUCGAACUGCACAAUGAAAAUUGGAAUUCCGAUAUUGAGGAGUUAAUCUCGGAACAUAUGGAUAUUUCAUUCAUCACCAAGCCUACAAGAUCUUCCCCACGACCAUUUCCAAUAGAUCCAUCCCCUAUUCUCGCGAGCUAUCAACCAAAAGAUAUUACAUACUAUGCACUUUACCAACCUACCCCUCAAUUGCUACUCCCUGAAGGUGACGAUGAACUUCCACCGUUCAUCCACCCUAAUUUCAACAACCGCAAAGCGCUCCCCGCACCGCUAGCUACAUGUGCCGUCCUCGCACAAUGGAUAAGUGUGAAGAAUGAGGAUAAUGUUUUGUUCAUAUGGGGGUGCAUCAGAAUGGAGAUUGAUAGAAUAUGUGCCCAGUAUACAACAUAUAGCAUAGAAGAUUCCGUCGCUACUCUUCAAGCCAUAACGAUUUAUUUCAUUCUUCGACUUUCGGAAGAUAAUGAGAAGGCAACAAGUUUCGAUGUUCGAUUCAUUUCCACAAUGAUUAAAGUCUCUAUGCAGGUUGCACACUUGGCAGAAGACCUCCAAAAUGAGGUUGUUCCAUCGUGGAAAGAAUGGGCACUAGCCGAAUCUAUAUGCCGCACAAUUAUAAUACUAUUCUUUGUCGACCUCUUCUAUGACGUCUCCUCCUCAGUCACAGAAUAUCGCUGCGACGGAAAUCGCCUAAAAUAUAUGGCUCUACCCUGUUCUCGCAAACUCUGGAGAGCGACUAGAAAUGAAGCGUGGGAAAUUGAGUAUACGAAUUCUAUGAGAGGCGAACGGCUUACCUAUGGAGAUCUGAUAAAUUCUCGGAAUAGGCCUCAGGAUCGGACGUUAGAUGGAUGGUUAUCUCAGUUGGAUGACUUUGGAAUGCUAGUUCUGGCUGCGGCGAGUCUGGCUUCGUGA